AUGCUCAGGGGCAACAGCGCUCCCAAUAGCCCUACUUCCUUUGAGCUCAAGAGGGAUGUCCACGUUGCGCCUCACCACCAAACAUCCGGCUUGCCGACCCCUGCGCAAGCUCCCGAAGCCAAUGUUGCCAGCGAUGCAACUGUGGACGCGGCUAGGCCCACCACGCCCGCAGCUCUCUCCUCCGAUGUCGAGAGCAGCAGCCCGAGGCAACCGAGAUCAGGCAGAACGCGUGUUGGUUUCUCAGAUAAGCUGGAAUUCAUUCCCCGGCCGCUGUCAAUGGUUUCCAGUGACACGUCCAGCACGGCCACGGCGCGACCCGGACACUCUGUUUCCGGCAGCAUAUCCUCAGUCGUUUCUGUGGCUUCCCCUUGCGACCGGGAGAGCCCGGUGACACUGUCAAAGAACUCCACUCGCGACUUGAGCGACUCCAGGCCAAGCACGGCUGGUGCCAUCCUCGAGCGUAUGGCGGCGCCUCCGAACCGCAACGUUGCCAACACUUCACCCAGGCGCCGCAACUCGAACCCGACGCUACUAAGUGUCGCCGAAGCGCAAGCGGCGGACCCGAACAAUCCUGUCGCAACAAUCAAGGCCCCCAAGCGCUGGUCGUUUUUCGGCUUGGAGUCAUCCUUCAUCGGUCCCACAAUGCCCAUGAAACCGCGAUCACUGAGUUCCAGCUCAUCCGAGUCUGUAUCGAGAGCUGCUUCUGCACCGUCGUCGUCCGACCACGACUCCGAUUCGACGGAGACAGGGAGAGACUUGCAUGCAGCAAACGCAGACAAGCAAUCCAGCAAGACGAUGAGUAAGAAGAAGAGGGUCAGGGGUUGGGCGGGCUCGAUCUUACCUCUGAAGCCUCGAGGCCAAAAGAAACAGGUCAAGGCGAAUGGUUUGCGGCCACCGACGCCGCCUGCCUCUGUUGAUCCUUUGGAGGAAGAGGACGACGACGACGAUGAAACCGAGGAGACUGAGGAUUCAGAGACUCCAGAUCCCGAAGGCACCCCUGGCAAAGACCUGAACGCCGAGUCAUCGGCCCCCGAGCGGGUACUUGCCAGCCCCCAGCCACAGCCUCUGUCGAAAGACGACGCGUCGCAUCCCAUGAUAGAUCUCGAUGCCGCUCUCGGCCCUUUCAACACGCCGCUUCCCCACAAUGCAGAGUGGGAGGCGGCGCAGCGGGCAGCUGGCACUACCGGCAAGCGACGCAUGCACAGCGCACAGGGCAUGAAAGGUUUCAGCGGCCCAGGCAUGCAUUAUCAUCGCAGAUCAGAGUCAGCACCAGAUCUGCCGCCAUUCGAUCCUGGGCGCUCCAACAUCCAUAGGUUGAACAGCAAUUCAGCAAUGGCUGAUGUAUUCGAAGAGGAUGAAGACGACGUCGCCGCCGCCAAUGGCCAACCAAAGAAGCCAGGGGCAGCAAGUAUGAGAGAACUGCACCGAGACGGCGCGGCGACGUCUCCCGUCGUGCUUGCGUCGGUCGAGGCUUCUCCUCUUUUGCGAGCUUCCCCAAUCGAGCCAGCGUACGCCGCCAUGAAGAGGGCCAGCUCGGAGCCGAUAGAGUCCGCAAUGCCUCCCUUGACACCGCUUGCAGCAGAAUGCCCAACCAGCUCGGUGCAUGGCGAGGCCGCCGUCGAGGAUCCCCCGUCAAUCAUCUUCUGCAGCGCCAGCGCGAGUGGCCCUGACUCUGCCACGUCCUCGCCUAAGAGAUUGCCGGGAACCAAGGAGCUCACCCCUGUGGAGGUCUACCCAGCAUCUCACAGCAGCACGGCCAUGAUGCCUCUCAGCCCGUACUCAACGAGCCUCGCAUCGUCGUCUCACCCGUCUCCUCGGUCACCGGUGUCCAUUGACGCCCAGCGCAUAUCAACGGCGCCCUCAUCAGUGACGGACAAGAACAGCUUCCAGUCGCUCCUGAUGGGUGAGCCGGGUCCAGAAGUCAGGAUAUCGGCCGACUACGACAUCAGGUCACUCACGUCGAGCAAUUCGACAAUGACGCGGGACAGUAGCUUCAUACCAAGCCAACGUAUGUCUCAACCGACCCUCCGUGAGCAACGGCCCGUCUCGGUCUCGUCGGCUGCGUUUGGGCGCAGGCGGUCGAGCCUUGUCAGCCUGAGCCGGCUCAUCAGCAGCGCACACGGGGAAAGAAGCAAGCUCUCCAUGGAAGUCACGCUGGAUAACGAGUCGGAAAGCAAGAAGCCGAGAUCCAAGGGGAGCAAGACUAAGGAGCGAUUGGGCCGAAUGAUGCAAUUCUGGAAGCCCAGCAAAGGUGGCGCGCCGGCAUAA